UCAAUCGCCGGAAAAAGCGUUCGUCACGGUCCUCAUAUUCUGUAGGGAGUCUCCGGCCUUCCUCCUGUCAGCGGGGAAGGUCGAGGAUGCCAGGAGGUCCCUACAAAUGCUUCGAGGGGAUGACUACAAUAUCGAGCCUGAGUUGCUGGACCUGAGCUCGGUCGUGGGGUCGAGACUGAACGUCGUGUCAGUUGCGGCCCUCGGGGCCAGGGAGGUGGUUGGUGUGUUGGUCACUGCGCUCAUGCUCAUGUUCUUCCAGCAAUAUUCGGGGGUCUUUGCUCUCCUCUUCAACAUGAAGGAAAUGUUCCAGUUAGCAGGCGUGCCAAUAUCGGCUGACGCUGCCAGCAUAACAGUUGCUUGCUUCCAACUGGCAACUGCAACGGCCGUCGCUCCGUUCAUGGACCAACUGCCACGCAAACUGCUGCUGCUGGUGUCAACUGCUGUCAUGGCGGUCGCGCUGCUGAUCCUCGGUGCCUUCUUCUACCUGCUCGAGGAGCGUCGUGCUGAUAACGUAUCAUGGAUACCGAUAGUGUUCUACAUCCUCUACAUCGUCGCCUACAGCGUGGGGCUAGGGCCUGUCCCUUGGGUCUUACUGGGUCAGUGGAUGGAUUUUUUCAGAAAAUUGAUAGAUGGAUGGAAUUUUCCAGAAAUUUGA